UGGCGUAUAGUCCUCAUUGACAGAGCGUCCUUCACCGUCUCAUGGCAUUGGACGCACCUCAUUCUGUAUUCCUCCGUUCUUGGGUUUAUGUUCAGAGAUAGAGAAUAAAAAAAACCCCAAAAAAACAUGGCUUUUCUUAUAAAGAGUGCGGUAAGCAGUCAGAUGAAGAAUUUGGGCCUCGGAGGAUCGAGUGAAGAGAAGAAGGAGGAUGGAGAGGCUUCUGACCCAGCAGCAGCCCAAGGGAUGACCCGGGACGAAUAUGAAGAAUAUCAAAGACAGCUGGUGGAAGAGAAGAUGGAGAGGGAUGCCAAGUUUACGCAGAAGAAGGCAGAAAGAGCGACAAUGAGAGUACAUAUUAGGGAAAAAUAUAGGCUUCCACAGAGUGAAAGGGAUGAAAACCAGAUACAGAUGGCAGGUGAUGACGUGGAAUUACCGGAGGAGCUCCAAAAAAUGGUUGCUGAAGAUCAAGAUGAGGAGGAAGAAAAACACUCAAUUUUUGGACACAUCCAAAACAUUCAAAACAUGGACAUGGACACUCUUAAAGAAAAGGCCACAGCAACAUUCACUGAAAUUAAGCAAACGGCAGAAGAGAAGUGUCACCUUAUGUAACUCCAGAGCCGUCCGGGAGAAAUUCUGCUAGGCUUUGGAACUUUGGACACCAUGUUUCCUAGCGUUGAGCCAUUCUGCAUCGUGUACCCAUCCCCCUAUGGAACAAUAUGGCUGCCGGUGCAUUGAGGAGUGAAAAUGAAAUUUAGGACAACCAAAAUCAAUUUCAAAUCCCCCUAUCUUUUAAGCCACCAAUAAAAUAUAA